GUUGUCAUGUUACAGUUUUCAUUUUCAUUCGGCGGCGGUACAACGUGCAAGUCUAGCUAGAUCUAGGAGACUUCGACACGAGAAUAAAAUACCUAUAGGAAUUAAAACAUGUCUCUAACACAGAAAAUGUUUGCCUGCAGUGGCUUUAUGCUCAUCGUUGUGCUAGCGGUGUUCGCACGAGCCAUUCCUGUUCCGGUGCCCGAAGAACCGCAACCAGCCGAGUACAGACAGUUUGUGUCAGCCCAGGUUAUGGAGUCCGUGGACGAACCGGCAGUGUUGUCCGUACAUCGAGAGGUGCAAGUCGACCCCGCGGUGGUCAGGCCCAUUCGGUCGGCCAGUCCGUUCUUCGGAAUCUUAACCGGUUACGAAAAGCCGUACAAGUCACAGCAACACCAUCACAACUAUCACCAGGAAGAGCAUGAGUACGAGCCAGAGUACCAUCAUAGGCCCGAACACGAGCCAGAGUACCAUCACAGGCCCGAGCACCAUCAUAGGCCACAAUACCAUAAGCCACAACACCACCACCAGCAGCGGCCACAACAACACCACGGCGGUGGCGGUGCGGGAAGUUACGCUUCGGCGGGAAGUUUUUCGGGCGGCCACGGUGGCGGUAACGGUCACAGCCAGAGCGGGGCCCACAGCCAGUCCGCCAGUUUCGGAUUCGGUCCGUUCCAGGCCAGUUAUUCGGCUAGUUCGGCGCAAUCGGGCAGCCAUUCCGACGGAGGAUUUUCAGACUAUUGAUUACCACUUCCAAUCAAGAUCAUUUGAAUUCUUAGCAUUUAUUUAAUAAUUGUGAUUUUUAAUUUAUUUGUUUUUUAUUUUUAUUUUUAUGGAACUAUUAUAUAUAUAUACUUACUAUUUUAAUGUAUAUGCCAAUAGUGCCAUUGAAAACUAUAUUUAAAUUGAAUUUUAAUAUUAGCAUUUUUAAUACCUAAUAAUUGUACCUAUUAUGUAUUUUUGAAUGAUUUUUAAUAAAAUUCCUUUUUUUGCAUUGAAUAAA